GAACAAGUAAAUGAGCUUUUUAAAUAUUUCUCCUGCAUGUGUACCAAUCUAUAGAUCAUUUCAGAUUAGAUGUUCUUUCUCUUUUUUCUCAGAUGGGUAAAGAAGACAGGCGUGAAUCAUUCCUAAAUGACCUUGGCCGAGCCACUCGACGAGGUGUCAGAGAGUGCAGGAAGUGUGGCACUCUGAAUGGCACUCGUGGGUAUUCAUGUAAAAACAAAUCUUGUGAUGUUGUCUUCAAGGAGGCUGGAGAGAAGAAGAAACUUUCUACUGAGGCCUGCAAAAUCAUCACUGGGGAUGGUUCUCAGAUAUACUCCGUGCGGGUGCGUGACAAAGGCCCAGACUACCGAGGCUUUGUACAACUCGACUAUCAGAACCAGGAUAACCGGAAAGGUUGCAGCCCUUCCAGCAACAUAUUCAGCCUGACAUCCUCAAGCUAUUCAGGCACUAGUACCUCUACCAUCAACACAAGCUCCAUUAUGGACGAGUUUGAUGGCAAAAAUCCACUGUCUUCUCUGACCGACAGUAAUUUGGAUUGCAUUAAAGACUCAGGCUUGUUGCUGAGCCCACAGCAGUCAGUUUCUUCGAAGGCUGGACGCAAUUUUUUACAGAGACCUGCAAACUCCUCAGCUUACUGCUUUGUUGAUAGCUGUCACAAGGGGAACAAAAAUGUAGAGAUGGGAGCACCACGGGUGAUGUGUUCACACAUCAAGGCGGCGUCACACUGCUUCAAGAACUCCCAGUCCGUGAUGCUCAAGAGCUCAGUGCUUAACUCCAUGAACAUCCCGCCUGAUCUCAAGUCUGCCAUCUGGCACUUGGCCAUCGACUCGCGCGGUCAGAGUCGGUCGUGCCAUCGCCUGGGCGCUGACCAUCGCAAGUAUUUCUGCUCCUGCCGAGCCUUCAGGACGUCCUCGAUGCUGCUGAAGGAGACGCGGCCCGGAGGUGUGUCCGUACCCCUCAGGUCCUGCAUACACCUUUACUCCUGCCUCAUCGCCCUCGCGUCUCAUCCCGACCUUGCAGCAGAGUUCAGCCACUACAUCAAUCUUAUAACUCACGACGGUGCGACGCCCUCGAGGGACGAGCUGCGGGGCGCGUUGGGGGCCAUGGAUGAGGACGACGGCAGUGACACAGUCAAGAUCCACGUCACAGAGGACCUCAACGACGAUACCACGGCCUACAUCCGCGUCAGCGACCCCGGUUCUUGCGGGGCUGACGAUUUGGUCUCAGCAGAGCGCUCCUUUCUCAUCCUGAACGACAGCGGCGACCAGCACUGCCAGGUGGAGGUUGAAGUUUUACAAGAUGACGGCACCGACCAUAUGCUACAGGAGGACGGUACAGACCAUUUGCUGCAGGAGGACGGAACAGAUCAUCUGCUCCAAGAUGACUCGUUGAUGCAAGACCACGCAGCCGACCACCUCCUGCAGGCUCUAGACCGCCACCACCGGAACGCUAGGAGAGCCAACCUCGAUGCCCAGGACGAGCUUGACGACAAGCUGGAAAUUCAGCUGAGAACUAGCGAGGACGGCGGCAUGGAGCUCUGCACGUCUGAUGGUGGCAGCAUCACCGUGCAUCCCUGCGUUACAUCGUCACACCAUCACCAUCAUCAUCACCACCAUCACCAACAGGAACAACUACAACAGAAUCACCGCAUUGCAAUCAGCAGGAAUGACUCAUCCAACGCGUCGCUGCUCAGUAGUUCCUGUCUCAAGGCUGUCAGCGGCGGCCUGUGUGACACUGGCUUGACGGCCUCCUUCACGUCCCACUGUAAUUCAGUAGAUAACGAAGAGCUAAUGCAGCAUAAGAACCACUGUGGCAGUGCCCAGUGUGUCAGCGGCCACUGUGGCAACACCAACUGCGGCGCACCUAUCUACACCAAGAGCUCCCAAGCCAUUGUCUCGAAGACUUUACCUAAUCUUAAUUUACAAAACAUCAAUUCUGACAUUACCAAGAAAAAAUUCGGUUUCGGGAAUUUCCCACGCAAAGCGCGUGGCGCCGUGGACGAGGCCGCGUGUUCCCUGCCGUUCCUGACGUGGUUGGCGAGCGCCGCUGAGCGGAUCAAUCAAGCCAUGCAGUACGCGAACUCCGGCAAACCUCCUCCUCUGGUGUUCCACGUGCCCCUGGACUUCUUUGUGUGUUUAUUCGAGCGCAUCCAGCAACACUCGCGUAAGAAGCUGACGGCUGUGCAGACUAGCGUCCCCCACAACGAUCCCUCGGUACUCACACGGCAGACCCGCUACACAUGGAACCUCUUCAACCUCACACACGUCAAGAACGUCUUCUCAACCCCUGAAGUGCCCCUCCAGGUUACCAGGUCGUUCCUGCUCAACCGUAACGGAACCUACCAGUACUACGAACCAUCGCUCGAGACGCAGAAUUUGCCGACUUCUAGAAGUUCUUCGUCACAGCCGUUCAUCAAGCCACAGGAAUAUAGAACCGUAAUUAAAGUCGGCCCUAGUCUAAAUAUCCCUUCGGCUAAGCCUUCUCCUUUCGUUAUAGAGUGGAUCCCCGAUGUGUUGCCUCUAUCAAAGAUAGGCGAGCUGAGGAUAAAGUUUGAGUAUGAACACAUACACAACGGUCAGGUGGUCAGAAACUCUGGUUUUAAAGAGGAAUUGAACCUAGGAUCUAUUAACAACUCCCUUGCAUCUAACUUAUUUCAGCAAUCUAUUCUCAUUAAUGGUUCCGUGAAUAACAAUUCUUCUGUAUCUAAUGUUAGUUCAGUCAAAUCAUUACCAGGUGUUAAGACGUCGCCGCCUCCUAUAGCGCCUAAAAUUAAUAUAAAUACUCACGUGAAGGAGAGCAGCUUUGAUGAGCAGAGCGCUGCCAUCUUGGGUAUUGCGCUGUCGCACGACGCACUCGUUGAUGCCGACUCUUAUUCGGCGCUGCUGUUCUCUUAGCGUCGCCUGAUCGUAUAAUGUUCUGAUGUGGCAAGUGGAAGAAGAUCUUGUACAUGUUCAUCAGUUUAUUUAGUUCUCAAUUUCAGAGGUGAAUUUUGCUCGUCAUUUACUGGUGAAUGCUUUAUUGCUCUUAUGUUUGACUCGUGAUUUGUGUCGCCUCCAUGGGUAGGAUGAUUUGGCUCUAAUUCUGUUCAUCAAAAUUGGCUCUAAUUCUGUUCCAUUCUGUUUAUAAAAUAGGUCAAGUCGCAUCAAAUCAAAGAGUGGAGAAUGUGAUCCAGUCUGUCGUUGAUUAUAGUGUGGCUAAUGAGUUCAGCCAUGAAGUUUACGAAGAAGAAAAAACGCAAUUCCUGAUAUUCGGCCAUUACGUGAACACGGGCUCGUUCACGGCCCCUCACUUCUACUCAAAAAGGCGCCGUGUUCGUUUUGAGUAGAAAUUUUCACGCGUGCAGUUUCACUGAUCGAUGUUUAUUGCCAUUAUCUGCUUAAGAAAAUGGUUAUUGUAGUUAAUUCAAGCUUCACAUUACUUGUUCUUCAUCGGUUUCCUCGCGUAGAGAAAUACUCGUGGCAGCCUCAAGCUGGUACAUGAUUGCAUCAUCUCAGUACUGCCAGGUUUUAGAGCUGCAAAAUAUUACAGCGUCUUGAUUCAUUCGACAGCCUCUUUAUCUACUGACGGUCACUCACGUGAAUAGAUCUUUUAGGAAAGGAUUAACAACGGCUACAAUAUUCUCGGCCUACGGGGAUAUGCUUCAGUCAAUGUGAACGGUCAUUGUUCUGCAUAAAACUUCGCAUCGUUUAAUGUCUGAUUGAAUGGUCGACACAAAUUAUCUGUUGAAACAGGAGAAAGAACCUCGUAAAGAAUGAAAUCAAGUCUCAUUCUGCUCUGACGUGUUGAGGUUUUGCGGUAAAAAUUACUCGGGCUCGACGGGCACUGCCAGACGUAGUGCGCUGGUGGUUGUUUAUGUGCUGUCUAGCGUCACCGAGUGGUCUGAACUUGAAGAAAGCCCUUCUAUCAUAUAUUUGUUAUUGAGGAUGGUUGCAAUAGAUUGGAAGCUUACAUUUAAUAAGGAGACAGAAAUGUGCCAAGCAUCAUCCACACUAGCCGUGUGUUCAGUUAAUCGCUUUUACUCGACUGCCUACUUUUAAACCUUCCAAAUAUUCUGAAAUUAGUAGUUUCCAUUACAACUCAAAUUUGACGCUUUUGUUCAUAGAUGAAAUGCUUCUUUAUAUGUAAUGUAUAUGUAAGUGAUCGCAUUAGUAAUGGUGUGAGUGAUGCUCAUUGAGGCGAGUACGCCAUGUGGCGGGCUUCUCACAUUGUGAUAAAUUGGAGGCCCGAGUUUUUCAGUUGUUAUGAAAUUAUUUAUUGUUUGAUGUUUCAUAGAACUUGGUUAAUUCUUCUAGUCCUAUAGUUAGUGAAUGUUGCCAUCACAAAUACAUUGUAACAUAUU